AUGCGAUUCGAAAACUCUUUGCUCCUCACCGCCCUCUUUGGUGCUUUGGCUGCUUCCGUGGCUGCUCAAAACGAGAACGGAUCUGAGUCAACCCCCGUCGAAGCUGGUGCAUCAGGAGCCUCAUCCGCUGCUGAGGGUGCUGCUACAGGAGCCUCAUCCGCCGUCGAGGGAGCAGCUUCUGGAGCGUCUUCAGCUGCUGAAGGUGCUGAAGAGACCGCUUCAGGAGCGGUAGCCAGUGCUUCCUCCGCUGUAUCUUCCGCUGUAUCAGGAGCUUCUUCUGCUGUAUCUUCAGCUGCUGGAGGUGCCGCUUCAGCCGCUUCUUCAGGAGUAGCCUCAGCUGCAUCUGGAGCUGCCGGCGCUGUAUCGUCUGCGGAAUCCGGUGCUGCUGGAGCGGUCACUACUGCGACUGGAACAGGAGCUAAAUCAGCUACUUCCUCAGCAGCAACUGCGACUGGCACAAGUGGUUCAAACUCCACUUCUGGUAAAAACUCCACCGGUGGAAACUCGACUGAAAACGGUGCUGGAUCAGUCAUCCCUCUCGCUGCCGGUGCAGAAUGGCUGACUGGUGCCGCUGUCGUCAUUGGUACUUUCGGUGCUGGUGUGGCUGCUCUUUUCUAA